UUCACCCAAUUGUUUUUUGCCCUUACAAGCGAAACAAGUACCAGUGAAAUAGAUAUUGCUGCUUUUUUUUUGUCGGUGCCUAAGUUUCGUAGAUUCUAUCAUAAUGUCAGAGGCCUUAGAGGCACAGUUAGAUAUUCUACAAAAUGAAAAUGCUUUCUUGAAGAAAUAUUUCGCUUUACGACAGAAAUGUGAACAGAUACAACAGGCAAAUGAAAAAGUUGUCAAUAGAAUCCAGCAUGUAAAGAAAAUGAUAAAGAGAUACAAACGUGAAAGGAGGUAUUUAGCCAACCGAUUAGAUGAUUAUGGAGAUAAUUAUAGAGAUGUACAAGUACCAGUUAUGUGGGAGGAGGACAAAUUAUUAGGUGCAACAGAGCCAUGUUCCUCUUUUGAAGAUGUAGAAAAGGAAAUAUCAUCCCCAAUGAGCAGCACUGAUAGGACAGUAUCUGAGAUCUUGUCUAAUAUCAAUCCUCUACUAAAGGCUCAUGGGAUAGAUCACAUGACUCCAGGUUCAAAGGCAAAGAAAUCAAAAGCAGACAGUAAUGCUCCAAAGAAGCCUGCCAAUGCAUUUUUGUUGUUCUGUACCCAACAGAGAUCGUCAGUUCAGGAAGAAUAUUACAAGGAUAAACACGAAGAAAUCUCUAAUCAUGAAAUGACAAAACGAUUAGCACAGAAAUGGAAUGGCUUAACUCCAGAGCAGAAAAAGGUGUAUUAUGACAUGUAUGAGCAUGAGAAAGAACGAUACGAUAAAGAAGUCAAAGAAUACCAUGAAAGGGAAUCUAAUAGUCAAGGAAAUGUAACACAGGAAGUACAAAGCAUGAUGGGAAAAGAAGCUCAAAGCGCUGUAGAUGCUUUAAUGAUGGAUACUUGAUUAAACUACCACCAUUUUAAACUUAUUAGAAAACUUGGAAAAUUUACAUCAGAAAGCGAAUGUUUCACCUUGUAUAAACAGUUUCUAAUUUUAUGUGUUCAUAUUUGGCUGGCACCAAGUGCAACCAUCCACAGUUUAUUAUUAAUGAUCUUUAGGCUUUGAACUCUGAAAAUUUUGCUGAUUGAUUGCUAUGAGCAUACUAUAUGUUUUGUUUUUUUGUACCUAGGUCCAUUCUUCCUUAGCUUGAUUCUGACUUAUCAGCUGAUAAUGAUCUUUUUUUUAUGUAUAGAAAGGAGUAGGUUCAGUAAGACCCCUUAUUGGCUCCAAAAUAUAACAGUUUUACAAAAUUGUAAAAAUUUAAUCUGUUAGCUAUUUACUGGAAAGAAGAAUGCUUCAUUUACAUAAAUAUAGGCUGUUUUUGACAAUACAAUGCACAUAUAUCAGGUACCAGCAUUAUUAAGUCAUGCUAACUAACUGAAAUCUUCACAAUUUUAGCAUUUUAGUUAAUUUAAACGAAUUCCGUCUUAAAUGAAAUUGACCGCAUUUUUGUUCAUUCAUAAUAUUGAAAUAUAAGUUGUGUAUGAUGAUAAUACAUAACAUAUAUAAAGGUUUAGGAUUAACAAGGCUGCGGCCAAAUUUUAUUUUGACAAAAAAACAUCUGAAAAGUGAUGUUUUUGGCAUAUUUGAUAGAUUUGUCAUAUUUAAGCUUGAAUUGGAGCAUUUUUAAUGCCUAAUCAGUUUAAAUCUUUCACAUUAACUAAUUAAAUCAAUUGAAAUUUGGCUCUUUUCUGUAUGGUACAUUUCUGAAGAAGUUAUUGCUAGCUUGCAGUUGACAUACCUUUGGAAGAACUGCAGACUUUGAAAAUUCAAUGACAGUCCUUUUUUUUGGUAAACUUUGUUGAUGAACACAGAAACUAAAUUUUGUAGGUUAUUUGUGAUAUGAUCUAUCUUUUAUACUCCCUUUAUUGUGUUUUAUCCAUAUAGACAGGGAAUAGAUUACAUUUAAAUUAGAAACAAAUAUACAAUCCAUUGAGCUGUUUAAGAAAGAUACUCUGUUGGAUUUAUUUUGUACAGAUAUGUAUUGCAAUAAUUAUUCUCAAUUGUCCUUUUUUCAUGCAACAAAUGCAUCAGUGUCAUUUUGGGGUAUGAAUUUAAAAUAAUAUAGCAAAAAAUGCUAUUUUUACACCAUCAAUUAUACUCGUAUGUAAUCUGUAUUUUUUUCAAUAAUUGUUAGAUUGAAAAGCCUUAGUUUCCUUAUUCUAACACUAGAAUCAGCUGUCAGGAAAUUAGUUAUGUAAUGUUUGUUUUAGUAUUUAUGUAUUGAAUAGUUUGAAAUAUAUCAGGACUGUUAUUGUAAUAAAUAAUUAAUGAUAA